ACGUCGAGCGGCUUACGAGGGUUUAACAGUUAAAACAUCGGUACCAUAACGAAGUAUUGCGCGUCUAAUUUACUCUAUAAAGUUUUGGAUGAGUUUUCAAAAACCGUGCGUAACAAAAACUGAUUGUUCGGUUUUGAAUUGGUGAACGAUUAUUUUGAAAAUAUAACUGAUAUUCCACAGAUCGAAGGAACGGUGAAAAAAUGUGUUCAAGAUUACAUUAAUCAGAGUAAUCAUCGAUAAUAAAACGAAGAUGCACCUCAAAUUAUUCAAAAACUUCUUAAGGACUUUCAACGGACAUUUUGUGAAAAUAAAAUUCAAAUUGGUGAAUACGUCGCGUUUGUGUAAAUUAUCUAAUUUAGUAUUUGUUUUGUUGUUAUUUACUAGUGUAAGUUUUGUACAAUGCAAUAAACCACCUAAGUUUUUAACAGACGGCCAAACUGAAAUUGUUAUAAGACUGAGGGAAGGAGCCGAAACACCUGUAGGUUCAUUAAUUUAUAAAAUACAAGGUUUUGAUGAAGACAAUGAUUAUAUAAAAUUUGGAGUUAGCCGAUUUCCAGGAAGCGAUGUAAUUCGUAUAGAAAAUAUAACACCCACUGAAGCUAACAUAUACUUAAAUAAAGAACUUGAUAGAGAAAUUCAAGAUGAAUAUUCUCUAGUACUAACUGUUACGGAUGGACAUCUUGGUUACGGUAAUUAUGUAACCCAAGGGUUACUAUUAUUGGUAGAAGAUGUUAACGACAAUACACCAGUUUUUAAGAGUUACCAACCAACGAUCACAGUACCUGAAGACCUCAAACCCAGUACAAUCACAACUCUAGAAGCUAGUGACGCCGAUGAAGGUGCUUACGGACAAGUUAUCUAUUUUUUGGAAACCGUAGAUGAAGAUCAAGACUUAUUCGCCAUCAACACUGUAGGUGAAAGAGCUGUUCUACGUUUGAUAGGUUCACUGGAUUAUGAGAGACAAACCGUACAUCAACUCAAAGUAUUGGCAGUUGAUAGAGCAAAAGAAGGAAGAGUGAACACUGGCACUGCGGCUAUUUUGAUUAAAGUUGAGGAUGUUGAAGAUCAACCACCUGAAUUUGUUAGAAUAACGCCUUUCGUUAAAGUAGAAGAGAACAGCCCAAUUGGAACCUCAGUUUCUAGAGUGGUAGCUGUCGAUGGAGACCGUGGUGUUAACAACUCAAUCGAAUACUAUUUACAUUCAAACGGUUUGAAUAAAAUGAGCGAUUUUUUUUCUAUUGAAAGAAGUACAGGCGUAAUUUUUACAACAGGUAUUUUGGAUCGCGAAGCUCUACCUGGGGAAUCUGGGACAUACAUUUUACAAAUCACAGCAAAAGAAAUUGGUAGCAGCAUAAUUCCUGUUCCAAUUACCAUUACUGAAAUGACUGUAAUGAUAACAGAUGUGAACGAUGAAAAACCAACAUUUAAAAAUAGUUAUUACAAAUGCGAAAUAGCCGAAAAUUCGCCAAUAAAUACGCCGUUAACUUUUUUGGGAAACGCUUCACCCGAAGUGUAUGAUUACGAUCAGGGAGUUAAUGGAACAUUUUAUUUAUACGUGAAAGGUGAUGUCGAUGCGUUUGAUGUAACUCCUAGUAAAGUCGUGAAUGAAGCUACUUUUAUGAUUAGAGUAAAGAAUAGCAGUUUGCUCGAUUAUGAAAAUUCCAAGAGGUUCAACUUAACAUUAGGCGCCAAAGAAAUAAUCAAACGCAACCCGAAAUACAGCGAGGUUGCCGUUAUAGUCAAUUUGUUGGAUAGGAAUGAUAAUUUCCCGGAAUUUUCGAAAAGUGUUUAUGAAGUUUCGGUACCAGAAAAUUGCGAAAUCGGUACUACUGUAGCUUGGAUACAAGCUUUCGACAAGGAUUCCGGCAAAUUCGGAACCAAAGGAAUCAGAUACACUAACCUAGCUGGAAGUAUAGAUCAUAUGUUGAAUCUGCAUCUAACCACAGGCGUAAUAACUGUAAAAAUAGAAGGAGGUCCGAAUUGGGAUAGAGAGAAGAUCUCCAGACAUUAUCUAACAGUAGAAGCUAGAGAUGAUAUGGGUUUUGGAAAUCGAAAUUCCGUACAAUUGAUAAUAAAUAUCGAAGACGUCAAUGAUAAUGCCCCUCUUUUUACUCAAAGUAAAUAUGAGGCUCGAUUGAUGGAGAAUAAACUAGAAUUUGAACAAUAUUUAAAAGUUGAAGCCCUAGAUGCAGAUUUAAAUGGUACCAAAAACAGUGAGAUCGAGUACGAACUUCUGGGUGAAUUGGCUAGCAAUUUCACAAUAGACCGAACCACAGGUGUAAUCGAAGUAAAGUAUCCAAUAGAUUUCGAAAGUAUACAGGAUUCAUCUUCAAAAAGCGUUUGUAUAAUAUUCCUCAGUGUACGAGCUAGAGAUUUGGGUACGCCGAGUCUAUUUAGUCAGGUACCGCUUUCGAUUUAUGUCGAAGAUGUCAACGAUCACGUACCCAUAUUUGAAAACGACUAUUAUAAUAAAUCGAUUGUUGAAACUUCACCAAGCGGGACUUCGAUCAUUCAGGUUAAAGCGCAAGAUUUUGACGGUUCUUCUCCAAACAAUCAAGUCGUUUAUCGAAUUCAAACAGGAGCGUCUGAUAAAUUUACAAUAGAUGCUGAAACUGGUGUAAUCAGAGUUGCAAGAGGCGCUUCUUUGGAUCCUGAUUCAACUCAACCACGUAAAACGUUUUAUUCUUUGAAAGUACUCGCGAUAGAUGGCGCACCUGGUGAUAAACAGUUACAAAAUACCGCUGAUGUUAACAUCAAUAUUAUCGACGUCAAUAAUAAAGCACCUGUUAUAUCGAAUCUUGAACCAAUUUCGAUUCAUGAAAAUUUACAAGUGGGAAAAGUAAUUGCGAAUAUAACAGCCUCUGAUCCGGAUACUAAUGCUAGACUCGUUUACAAAAUUGACGAGAAAUCUUGUUUGGCUAAAAACGAAAAAGGAAGUUUGUUGAAAUACGACGAUUAUGAUUGCGCCGGAUCUUUCAAUUUAGAUUUGUAUACCGGUAUACUAUCCAUAGCAAAAUUAUUGGAUAGAGAAAUUGUUGAACAAUUCCAGCUAGGAGUUACAGUCGAAGAUAUUAACACGGAAACUGGACAACAAAUAAGUUUUGGCUCGAUACAAAUUAAUAUUGAAGACGUCAAUGACAAUGCGCCCAAAUUCAGAAAAUCUUUUUAUAAAUUCAUUGUUACGGAAAAUAGUAAACAUGGUACACCGAUUGGAGCAAUCGCUGCCGACGAUGUUGAUAAAAAUCGUACGAUCACUUAUCUAUUAGAAGGACCUCGGAAUUUGGUUAAUUUAUUUCAUCUAAAUACAGCCGACGGAGAUAUUGUCGUAGCAAAUAAAAUCGAUCACGAGGUUUAUGAAUGGAUCAAUUUAACGGUUAAAGCUACCGAUAGUGGAUUUCCUCCUCGUUCGAGUAGAGUCGAACUGUUUAUACAAAUUUUAGACGAAAACGACAACAGUCCUUCUUUUUCACCGGAACCUUCAACUCUUAUUAUUCCCGAAGAUAUCCACGUUGGUACGGAAAUAACGAAAGUCGAGGCCACUGAUGCGGAUUCCGGUGAAUACGCUAAGAUAACUUAUCUGUUGGACAGAUUAUCUUCACAGGGAAAAUUCAGUUUAGAUAGUGAAACGGGUGUUUUAAGAGUGUCGGAAAAAUUGGAUAGAGAGGAAAAACCCACUUAUCUAUUGAUAAUAGAAGGUUGGGAUAAUUAUCAAUAUGGUUUUAAUAGUGGAGAAAGUAGAAAUGCUUUUAAACAAAUCAAUAUUACUAUAAAAGAUGUCAACGAUAACAUCCCUGUAUUACACGUACCGGAAUAUUGCAUCAAUAUAACUGAAUUCCAUGAGCCCGGACAACCGAUCACAAGACUUCAUGCCUCGGAUGCAGAUGAUCCUGAUACAGGAAAUGGACAGGUGAUUAUUGACAUCGUCGAUGGAAAUCUACAUAAUCUCUUCGAAUUGCAAACAAUCAGCGAAUGGUCGGUGGAUAUAAGAACGACUACUUCUUUGCGAGGAAGACACGGAAAUUAUACCGUUGUCUUAAAAGCGCAAGAUAUGGGAAUACCUAGUCUUUCAGUUGAAGAAGCAGUGCGUAUAUGUGUUACCGAUUAUAAUGAUCAUCCGCCGGUGUUUAUCAGUCCUCCGCCAAAUUCCACUUUAAAAGUGCCAGAGAAUGCAACUGUUGGUAGUGCAUUGAUACAAAUAUUAGCAACCGAUGAAGACAUCGGAUCGAAUGGUGCCGUUAGAUAUAAAUUAAAAACCGACCCGGCUGGUCACUGGAAAUUUUUCGAAUUACAACCGAUUUCUGGUAUAUUGGAACUUAGAUUACCGUUCGAUAGGAAAAAACAAAAAAUUUAUGACAUCAGGAUAGAAGCUUAUGAUUUGGGAGUUCCGACGCCGUUAAGCUCCGAGUUAGAUUUAACAGUGUACGUCAGCGAUAUAAAUAAUUAUCAACCUCAAUUUAUGAUAGAUGAAUACCAUGUUAACUUCACAGAAAAUGUAUCGCCAGAAGUAGAAAUCAGGAAAUUACCAGAUACUGUGGACAGAGAUGAAUUUGAAUACGACGGACCAUCAAGACCGGUUUGUUAUUACAUAAUUGGUGGGAACGAAGACAAAAUGUUUCAUAUUAAUCCAAUAGAUCACACCCUGAUGCUGACAAGGAAAUUGGAUAGAGAAGAAAAAGAUACGUAUAUUUUAUUAAUAAAAGCAACAGAAGAAUGCAACAAAAGUCCGAAGAAUCAAAGUUUUUUCGACUCCGAUGAUGAUACGCAGCUUAAAGUUGUUGUCAAAGUUUUGGACGUAAACGAUAAUGCACCUAAAUUUAUACACCGAGUUUUCACUGGUGGAGUCAGUACUGCUACAAGUUUCGGAACGAAAUUUAUGUUCGUUAAGGCAGAAGAUGCAGACGAAGGUAGUAAUAGUAAAAUUUCUUAUUAUUUGGUGGGAAAUACGCAAAUGACAUUAACUGAGGGAUUGGAUAAUUUGGAGAGAGCUCCGUUUUUGGUCGAGAAGGAAACGGGAGCGAUACAAUUAAACUUCGAUCCUCAAAGAGGAAUGAAAGGAUAUUUCGAUUUUAUGGUACUGGCGAAUGAUACUGGAGGUUUACUGGACACUGCGCGCGUUUUUAUUUAUUUAUUAAGAGAAGAUCAAAGAGUACGUUUCGUACUUCGCCAAAAUCCUCCAGAAAUAAGAAACCGCAUCGAAACAUUCAGAGAGAUUUUGGGCAACGUUACCGGAGCAAUAGUAAACAUAGACGAAUUUCGAAUACACGCGAACCACGACGGUAGCAUAGAUAAAACCAGAACCGAUCUGUAUCUGCAUCUGGUAGAUAGAAAAGAUAAUUCUAUAUUAGAAGUAGACGAAGUUUUGAAAUUGGUAGAUCAAAAUACGGAAAAAUUGGAUAGUCUCUUCAAAGAUUUCAACGUAUUAGAUACCCAACCGGGUGGUACACUGGCACUAAAAUCUCAACUACAAAACGCUAAUACUACGUUCUGGUUAUCGGUUUCUUGUCUAUUUUUGACACUUCUACUGAUGCUUUGCUUGGCCUUGUGCAUCAAUCAAAGACAAAUAUACCAUAGGAAAUUGAAGGCUGCUACAGCUACUGCUUUUGUGAGUGCAGAUUCCGAACUCGAAGGACGUGUACUGGGCGGCAUCCUUAGCGGAAGAGUUCCCAACACCAAUAAACAUAGUUUAGAAGGAAGCAAUCCAAUUUGGUUGAAAGCUUACGAAAAUGAAUGGUUUAAAAAUAUUGACGACAUAAGUCAAUCGGAACAUGAUUCACUAGAUGAAAAUGUCAUCUGUUAUGAAGACUCACUACCAACAACCGAUCAAAUACAAGAUACCCAAGACAGACAUCAAAACCUUUAUCAAACAUUACCGGUGCCUGCUUCUAGAAAAUUAGAAACAACUGAGUUAUGAUUCAAUUUGAAAAUUAAUAAUUAUUUCAAAGGAAAUCGAGUUUCGCCGUUAUCAGAAAUAUCAGACGAAUCUGCUUAAAGAAAAGUUUAUUUUGCCAUAAUGUAAUACAAAUUAUAAAUGCAAAUAUAAUAAUUAUUAUGUAUGUAAGGAUAAUUAUUAACUAGGUUCUGAUCAGCUUUAAGUGCAAAUACCUUCAAAUUCAGAAAUGAAAAACUAAUGUUAGUAGUAAAAAGAUUUGAAGAUUGAGUCGCUGAAUCCAAAUACGCCCGGAUUUUUUGCGAAAAACUGUUUUGUUUAGAUUGCAAUUGGUUGAACGAAUUAUUAACAAAUAAUUUGUUCGGUCCGACAAUUUCUUUUAUGCAAAUAUGGCCCAAUUUAAGAAGAUAAGGUCUCUUGUAAUUUUUCCGUAAAAUGCAUAUUUGAAAAUUUAUAGAUUUUUUAAAAAUUGAAAAAUCGAUGAUUUUUACUAACUUUCGAUGUUAAUAACUUUUGACCAGCUGAACAUUUUUUAAAAUUAAAAAAUCGUACUUGUUCUUUGAAUUUUACUCUACAAAUUGGUAUAUUUUGAUAUUAGUGCAGGUCCGGCUCUUGGCACUUAUCGCGAUUAAGCUCUUUCUAAAUGUUGCAGCGCGUGGCGACAAGCCUCGAUUUCCGCGCGCCGAACGCAGGCGGCUCUGGCGCACGUUUUAUGUCGUUAACUGGUGUAGUUUAUGGAUUGGUGGAAUAAUUGGCAAUUUAAUGCUUUGAACCAGUAAAUUGAACAGCUACACCAUACAACCCCACAAUUCUUGACUUUAUCCUUUGGGGCUGUGUAAAGUCCAAAGAAAAACACAUUUUUUUGCCAAAAAUCGAUUUUAUUCAUUAACGUUAUCUCCUUAAAGAGCAAUACAAUCAUUCCAACGCUUCUCUAACUUCUCGAUGCCGUGCUUUUAGAAAGAUUUGUCUUUUGCCUCAGUUUUAUCAAUUGCUUCUUCAUUUGAGCUGAAUUUCUCACCGGCGAGCAUUUUUUGAGAUCAGCGAAUAGCCAGUUAGUCACUGUAGUCCAGAUCUGGACUAUACGCUGGAUGAGGAAUCAAUUCGAAGUUUAAUUCAUUCAAUGAUUCAUUCAAGUCCACUCAGAUGAUGAUCCUUUUGAUUCCGGAGGGAAGUGAUGGAUCCAUGUUUUAUCCCUGGUCGCAUAUCAAAGCAAAAAAUAUGAUUUAUUACAUGUAAACAUGGCCAAACACUGCACUCAAUCAUCGACACGUUGUGGUUUUUGAUCGACUGUGAGUUAACGCGACACCCACUUUGAAAAAAGCCUUCUCAGGGUCAUAUGUUCAUACAAAAUUGUAAACACACUGCCUUCUGAUAACUUCACGACCUCAGUUACUUGACGCGAUUCCAAUUUACGAUUAAUUAUAAGCAAUUUUUCUGGAGUAACUACAUCAAUUAGACGACCAGAACAUUCACCAUCAUCGACGUCUGUACGACCACGUUCAAAUUCAGCAAACUAAUAACCAAUGGUUCUUUUCGAUGGAGCAGAGUCCGUAUAACCCUUUUGAAUUUCAUACAAUAUUUUUUUCACCAAAAAGCAAUGAUAAAUUAACCCGCGAAAUUGUUUGGAAAAUAACAAAAGUAGCUUCAUUUAAAUGGCUGUCACUUUUUUCUAACUGCUCGAAAUGUCAUGAAACUUCACACAAAGUUUUUCGAAAGUUGGUACUUCACAUGCGUCAUAUGAAUUUGAUAAAUGCAGCGCCAUCUGUGUGUAAGUCACUCGACUUAUUGAGUGAUGUAGUCACAAGGUUUAUGCAAAAGGGAUAAUUCAAUUUAGAGGGUCUAUACAUUAUUUUUAAACCAUUUUAUUCCCUG